UCUGCCCGGGAAGGGGAGGAGGCUGGCAGCGCUCCCAGCCCGGCCGGCAUCCCUCCCCGCCGGCAGCGAUGCUCAGUCCUGGCUCAGCCUGGCAGCAGCGCGGGCAGAGAGGACACACGAGGUGAGUACGAGCCCCACUUCCCACGCCCUGUCGCCCGCUCCUCUCCCUGUCCUUGCAGCCCCCCUAAGGUGGGUCCCCCCAAGGCGUGCCCCAUCUGUGGGUCUCCUCCUGGGAUAAACCCAGAUCUUGCCCCAAACCUCCCAAAUUCAACCUACUUCUCUUAAGUCAGGAAUGCAGCCAGAUCCGAUGUCAUCCCCGUGGGCUCGUGGGCUCGUGGCUGCUCAGCCUCUUCUUCCUCCUCUUCCUCCUCCUUGCAGCUGGGGUCUCAUCCUGGGAGGUGCCCCCCGAGUUGAGGGUGACCCAUUUGGGAUCAGCUGCCUCUGCACAAGUAGAGCUUCAGCCUGCGGAGGACAUGGAUGAGAACAACCGCACUUUGGAGUCUUGGCACCAAAGCCUGCAGGCAGUGCUGAACGCCCUGAACCAGACGCUGCACGGGGCCAUCCCCUGCUCCGGCGAGGCCUCGGCCGGCGUGGCAGGAGCCACACGUGGUGGCCAUGCUGGCCGCAACGCCAACGCCUACAUGUACAUCCUGUUCGUCAUGACGCUCUUCGCUGCCACCGUGGGCAGCCUCAUCCUGGGCUACACCCGCUCCCGCAAGGUGGACAAGCGCAGCGACCCCUACCACAUCUACAUCAAGAACAGGGUCUCCAUGAUCUGAGCCUGGCCCAUACCUUGUCCCCAGGGUGGCUUGGAGUCACCUUGCUGUGCACAUCCUGCUCGCUGCGGGAUGUGGCAGUGCUGCUGGCUCCAGAGCUGCUGGGAACCCCGUAGAGCUGCUGAGAACCCCCCGAAGCUGCUGAGAACCCCCAGAGCUGCUGGAACCCCCACCAUGGAGGAGCUCAGUCCUGGUGUGAGCAGUGCCGGGAUGUCCUGGAAGAAUGUGACCUGUAAGCAGGUCCUGGUCCUGCGGACCCACCUCGGUUCCACCAUGGGCGUGGGGCUGGCAGGGGCAGCCAGUGGCCUGCGGGGGCUGGCAGGAGGCGUCAAGGAGAAUAUUUCCCCAUUUCCCUACUCAGAUCAGCUGGUGUUGACCUCCCUGGGCUCCUAGCAGCCAUGACAGUGGUUAGGGGGUUUUUCUGGUGCUGAAACCCUGUAAUGUUUGAGCUGGGCUGGGCCCUGCUUUUCUGGCAGGGAAUUAAAGGAGGUGGUGGGUUCA